CUUGGUGUGACGGGUGUCUGAUUAAUUUACUGGGAGGCUUUUACAGGACAGGCAGGAAUGCAGGCCUCACCUACAUCCAAAGUGUCAUGCUUGCUGUUGCUAUGGUGUGCUGCCUUGACUGUAGCUUUCCUGGGAAUGGCUUGCUUUGUUUUAACAGGGCAACACAGAGAUAGAAACAGAGAGGUAGACAACGAUGCUAAUCCAACUAAAGUUAAAGCAAGUGGACAGAUGGGGCAACAAUACAACAGCACUUCUACUACAGCGGCUCCCACAGUCACCAGUAAGAUCUUAAUCCCCAGUAUCGGUGAUCGCCACAGACAAACGCCACUCAUUCACUUGACCAGAACAAAAGAAGGCUGGAAAAACUCCCAGAGCACAAGAAGGAUCUCUCUGAAAUCCAACGCCAUCGUGAUAGAAGAAGCCGGAUAUUACUAUGUCUAUUCACAAGCCACUUUCCUCGUGAAAAAAAAAGAUGUACAGCUAGGCAUGACCCUCUUCAAAAACAGCCCGAGCUACCAGAAGAACAGAACCGUCUGUGAGACCAUGGACUCUCCUCACUGGAAGGAGCGGACCGUACCCCGGACACUGUCCCAGGGCACAGUGGUGAAGCUGGAGGAAGACGAUGAGCUCCAAAUCGCUGUCCAGCCAGAAGAGAUCCUCGAUCUUGACUCCAUGUUCUUCGGAGCCUUCAAGAUUUCAGAAUGACCGCUGAAGUGCAAUCGCUUCUAUACAAGUCAAGCAAUCAAAAUGUCCAGUUCUACUUGGCUGGCUACUCUAUUAGAACCUGCACCUAAUAUGGGGGUUGCAGUUUGCCUUGAUCAUAGCCUUGACAUGGCAUAGACCACAAGGUGUUGGAAGGUGCCUCGAAGGAUCCAUUCAGUCCUGAGUAUUUUACACAGUUGGCGAGACAGGCAGAGGAUCGUGAUAUUGAAUUGUCUUGAACCUGUUGCUGCUUAGCUGCUUAGUGCAUCGGCUUUCUGAGAUCUGAGCAGAUCACAGCCCGAGUACUGACCAGGCCUGGUUUUUGUUGAGAAGUUUUCUUUAGAUGUUCAACAAUGUAGUACGGAAUUGUACCAUCAAUUAAAAAAAAAAUUACAUGUACAGCUCUGGCCAAAGGUUUUGCGUCACCCUAUAGAAUUAACUAAUUUUGCUUCAUUAACAUAUUGAAUUACACACCACUUUGUAGCUCUCCAAAAAUUGACAGAAAUUAUCUUGAAAUUGACUUUUGCGAUAUCAUUGUGUGUGUGUGUGUGUGUGUGUGUGUGUGUAUAUAUAUAUAUAUAUAUAUAUAUAU